AUGGCAAAGAGGUUACCGGCCUUCGCUUUCUCCGUGUACUACGUGUACGGUGUGAGUGGCCACUUCCAAGAAGCUGGGCAUGAUCACCCCUUUUCAAUGGUCCUUGAACGUGAACUUCUAUGGGGCGACCGAAUGAACAAUGACCCUGACCAGACUCGCCAGGGCAAACAGCGAGUAGAGACACUCACCCAGACGAAUGUGGAAUGCCUCUUUGCCCGAAGGGAACAGGAAAAAGCUGACAUGGGAACGGAGGUGGCCAACAAGGGACAUCUAGCUCGUGACGACUGCCCCUUGGCCGACCCCCUGGUGAACAACUACCCCCUCCUUGACUUCGCCUACCUCUUCGAGCGUCAGUGGGCGCAAGGGGACUCCGCCGGAUGCCCUUUGGAGCAGGCAAUGCACACUGAGGCGGACGAUGUGAGAGUGUAUACCCGGGCUAACCUGACCUAUGAUCACACCCGCGCCGUGCUGAUCGAUGAAGGAACUUGCAGUGCACUAUGCGGCUGCGAUGGAGUUGUGGUGUUCAUGAGUGAAGACCGUCUCCCGGACUACCGGUUCGACAGCGUGAUGGCCAGGCAGGACGACAAUGUGGGGGCGGCUAAGGAAUGGAACCAGAGGACUCGUGGACAGGCGCAAGGACGACCUCAAAGUCGUGAGCAGGGAACUAGGGAUGCACUAAGUGGAUGCAUUAGAGUUGAGUUGUCCAUCAGCGAGGGGCACCUUCAGCACUACCCUGACCGGCUUAACAGUGAAGAGGCCAAGCAGGACAACAAGGUGGGGACGUCUGAGGAGUGGGACAACAAGGUUUGUGGGCAGGUGCCCAAGGAAGAUGACGAGGUUGAGUGCGUGGAGGACCAGGACAACGACCGCACUGCAGCCUCUUCUUCGGCGCACGGUGGGGGAGCAACCAUUCCAGGGUUGGACAACCUGGACCCGCAGAUCCGUUGGUGGACGGAUGUCAUAGGGCUGACAAACCCUAUGAACAACAGUGAGGGGCUCAACGUGCUGACACAAAACACGAUGAACGUCAUCAUCAACAAUCUUCAGGGCCAGGGAGUCGAAGAAAGAGCCAGAACCGUCAGGAGCCUACUGAGCUUCCUUAGCAGCAGCCGCGCCGGGUUUCAGCCACAGCCAGACGGUACCAGCUUUUGGCGCAAGUGUUGUCCGCUCUCAUGGUUGGAGAGCAAUGCGCCAUGGUGA